AUAUGGUUCGCAAAUAUGAAGAGGGGCUCAGGUGAGAAGACCCUCAGUUGGUGCGCAAAAUUGAGCUGGGUAAGAUGCUCAAGUGGUUCGUGGUGAUCCUGUCCACAUUCUUUGUGGUGGCUUCUGCAAAGCCUCUCUUUGAAUCCCGAAUAGCAAAUAUUGCGGAACUCGAUGAUGGUGAUACAUAUCGGUUGCCCAAUAAUACAGUGCCUGAGCACUAUAACGUGUGGCUGAGGACAUGGAUUGAUGAGGGAGAUUUUGAUUUUGAGGGGAGAGUUGAAAUCCGUUUGAGGCCUGUGGAAACUAACACGAGAUACAUUACAAUCCAUCAUAGGCAGUUGAAUAUUGCACCCAAUGUUACUCUAUUGAGAGUCUCGUCAACUCCUGUGGUUACCAUUCCAAUUGAACCAUUCACCUACAAUGACACCUACGAGUUCCUUACUAUUCCUAUUCAAAGUGCCGAAGGAUUGGUUCUGGGGGAAGUUUACCAGCUUUCAAUUUACUUCACUGGUAACUUACGCAAUGACAUGGCUGGAUUCUAUCGAGCUUAUUAUGACUUACCUGAUCGCAGGGUGUGGUAUGCAACAACUCAAUUUGAGUCAACGGAUGCACGUCAUGCUUUCCCCUGCUACGACGAGCCAGCUCUCAAAGCAACAUUCGACAUUAGCAUCACACACAAUGCUACAUACACUGCAAUUUCCAAUAUGCCCGUAAGAGAGAUAAUUCCUGUUGGAAAUUCCAAUCACGUAACAACAGUGUUUGAUACCACUGUUAAAAUGUCCACGUACCUCCUGGCCUUCGUAGUUUCUGACUUUGUAUAUCGCGAGGAUGCACGCCCCAAAGUGCCACAGCGUGUCUAUGCUCGCCAGAGUCUCAUUGAGGAGACGGCAUUUGGUCUCGAUGCUGGAGUUAAAAUUCUCGAGGCUCUCGAAAGAUAUCUUGAAGUACCCUAUUCAUUGCCAAAGAUGGAUCAGAUUGGUAUUACGCAGUUUUCAGCUGGUGCCAUGGAGAAUUGGGGCUUGGUCACGUACCGCGAAAAUCUUCUCUAUCUCAACCCUGUGACAUCGAGGACGUCGCAAAAGGACACCAUUUCAACGAUUGUCGCUCACGAGUAUGGGCAUCAAUGGUUCGGGAAUCUCAUCAGCCCCAAAUGGUGGACUUACAUUUGGCUCAAUGAAGGCUUUGCCACACUGUAUGAGUAUGAAGCAGCCGAUAUGGCAUAUCCUGAACUUAGAAUUGGAGAUCUUUUCACUGUUGAAGCACUACAGGGUGUCUUUAAUACAGACGCAACAACCACCACCAGAGCAAUGACGACAUAUGCAGAAUCUCCUAGAGCAAUUGACGGUCUCUUUGAUAAUAUUGCCUACCCGAAAUCCGGAUCUGUUUUGCGUAUGACGAAACAUUUCUUGGGAGAAACAACCUGGAAGGAUGGAUUGAGGAGAUAUUUUGCUGCUAAACAGUACGAUGCUGCUGAAGCAGAUGAUUUGUUCAAUGCUCUUGAUGCAGCAGCAACUGCAAGUGGACGAACUACACUUCCAACAGGAGUUACAGUUAAAACAAUCCUUGAUAGUUGGUCAUUGCAAGCAGGAUAUCCCCUUGUUGAAGUUACCCGCAACUACGGGGGAUCAAAUCAAAUGACUCUUCGUCAACGAAGAUUUAUUGCUACAAAUGCCAAUCACGACAUUGAUACAACUUGGUGGGUUCCCGUGAGUUUGGCAUCCAAAGACAGACCAGAUUUCUACAACACAGCUCCCAAUUUCUGGCUGGCUCAGGGAACUGCACAGACCACAAUUACUCGUCCAUUUGAAUUCACUUAUGGUGACAACGACUGGAUCCUGAUCAAUAAGAUGCAAGCCGGCUACUACCGCGUGAAUUAUGAUUUGAGAAAUUGGGAAUUGUUGGCCGAGGAGCUCGUCAAUGGGAACUUUGAGCAAAUCCAACUACUUUCACGUGCCCAACUGCUCGAUGAUGCUCUAGAUUUGAGCAGAUACGAACGCCUAAGUCAAGAUGUAGCUCUCUCGAUUCUUAAUUACCUCCGCCGGGAGACUGACUACCUACCCUGGGCUGCUGCAGACUCUGGAAUCACAUGGAUCCGACGCCUUGUGCUUAAUUCAGACACAACUGGGCGCUUCCGUGCUUUCCUCCGGGAAAUCUCCAAUGCACUCUACAGCAAAUACCGCGCAACAAGUGUCCCCUGUGAAACGUACUUUGAUAAAUUGGCAAGAAAUCUUGGAAUCAAAUGGGCUUGCACAUCUGGAAAUACUGCCUGCCUCGCGGAAACAAAUGCCGAAAUUAAGAAAGUCCUCCUUACAGGACAAGACAUUGAACCAGAUCUCCGUCCAAUAAUGUACUGCCAUGGAAUGCGUGGUGCCAACACGGAUGAUUUCAAUGAGCUCUGGCGGAAGUUCGAGGAUGCCACAGAUACGACUACAAGGAACUUCUACAUUGAUGGUUUGGUGUGCAAUGAAAAUGCAGUAAUUCUGAGAAAUUUCCUCAAUGACAUGUUCUCGGCUACAACACAAUCUAGUGCCAGUACAACGGAAAAACAGAGGAUCUUCAAUGGAAUUUAUGGUGCUUCCUCUGUUGGUCUCAGUGUUGUUCUUGAAUUCUUCAGAUCGAACACCGCACGCGUAUCAGCUAUCUAUGGCAAUAAUGUUGGAUCGCGUCUUGUAACACUCUCUGGGGAACUAACAACAAAUGCCGAGAGACAAAUUGUUGAUGAAAUUAUUACAAAUUUGGGCACAAGCAUCACAGAUGCACAGGCACAAAAUGCAAGGAAUGCAAUUGCCAGCAAUGUCAACUGGGUAGCAGCAAAUGAGAAUGCAGUCAACAAGUUCCUGACCGAUAUCUAUGGAGAUGUGGAUUUCAAUGAAAUCAUUCCGCAACCUCCAGCACCAGAACCAACACCAACAUCCCCACCAAUUCAGCCAACAACUGCACCUCCCGGAGGUGGAGGUGGUGGUGCCGGAUCUAUUGCUGCAUCAAUCAUCCUUUUGGCUCUUUCCGGCAUUUUGAGUCGUCUCCUCAACUAAAGUAUUGAUGGAUAUUGUGUACAUAUAGUCUAUACUUUUUCAUGAAUCAUGAUGACGUAUAGUUUGCAAAUAAUAAAAUGAUAAAUUUACUACCCGA